GGGGGAAGCACAGCGAGUCCACUGAGGCACGGCGUACCCUGCCGAGCGUCUAAGCCACAAGCCGAGCACACAAGCCAGGCUCGAGGAGCCUAAGUGCAAGUCCACUACUGGUGCACGACUGUACAUUUCUAAGAAGAGCGGCGCGGGAGCUCGGCGAGCUUCGCUUCAGUCGCUCCCCCGUGCAGUUCCCUGUGCCCAAGACGCUGCCCGAAGCUUGAGCUCCGGUGGGCGGGGCCUGGAGGCAGUGGGAACUGCAAUUGGUAGCUUUGAAGGCGCGACGGGCGGGAACGGUAGCUGAGGAGUGAGACGGCAGGAGAUGUGGGUCGUGCCAAAGGGAUGGAUGAGACUGUUGCUGAGUUCAUCAAGAGGACCAUCUUGAAAAUCCCCAUGAAUGAACUGAUAACAAUCCUAAAAGCCUGGGACUUUUUGUCUGAAAAUCAGUUGCAGACUAUAAAUUUCCGGCAGAGAAAGGAAUCUUUAGUUCAGCACUUGGUUCGGCUGUGUGAGGAAAAGCAUGCAAGUCUCAAUGAUGCUGCCCUGUUAGACAUCAUUUAUACUCAAUUUCAUCAACACCAGAAAAUCUGGGACGUUUUUCAGAUGAGUAAAGGACCAGGUAAUAUUUUCUCCUUUUUUUUUUUUAAUAAGGUGACAGUCAGCUUCAGAGAAACUGAGGAGAAUGCAGUCUGGAUUCGAAUCGCCUGGGGAACACAGUACACAAAGCCAAACCAGUACAAACCUACCUACGUGGUAUACUACUCCCAGACUCCGUACGCCUUCACGUCCUCCUCCAGGCUGAGGCGCAAUGCACCACUUCUGGGUCAGGCACUGACAGUUGCUAGCAAACACCAUCAGAUUGUGAAAAUGGAUCUGAGAAGUCGAUAUCUAGAUUCUCUCAAGGCUAUUGUUUUUAAACAGUAUAAUCAGAUCUUUGAAACUCACAACUCUACAACGCCUCUACAGGAAAGAAACCUUGGACUAGAUAUAAAUAUGGAUUCAAGGAUCAUUCAUGAAAACAUUGCAGAAAAAGAGAGAGUCCAACAAAUAACUCAAGAAACGUUUGGAGAUUAUCCUCAACCACGACUAGAAUUUGCACAAUAUAAGCUUGAAACGAAAUUCAAAAGUGAUUUAAAUGGGAGCAUCUUGGCUGAGAGGGAAGAACCCCUCCGAUGCCUAAUAAAAUUCUCUAGCCCACAUCUUCUGGAAGCAUUGAAAUCCUUAGCACCAGCUGGUAUUGCAGAUGCACCCCUUUCUCCACUGCUCACUUGCAUACCCAACAAGAGAAUGAAUUAUUUUAAAAUUAGAGAUAAAUAAGACGUGUGUGGUUUCAUAAACACAGCUCCUCCUCCAUGACAUUGCACGUGCACUUCCGUUAAUGGCUGGCUGUAUAGCUUCUGUCUGUAGACUUGUAUUUUAGAGAAUCCUUGUUACUGAAUUUUUAGAAAUGCUCACAUAAUUGUUGGGACUGAUUCAUUCCUCCACGAUAUGCAUCCUGUCUCGCAUACCCUACUAACUAACAGUUGUGGCGUUUGAGAUGACAGGACAUACAUAUAUAUGGCUCCACACUUGACCUUGAGUGCUUGAAUGCUCUGAAAUCAAGCAUUUGGCACAGUGCUGGAGACUUUGGGGCUUGUGUUCUUUUUCCCACUGCUGUCUCUUCUUGAUUCUGGGGAGGUCUGAUUCCAGCUGCUGGUUUCCAGGGAUUCAUUCUUAAGCCUUAGAUCCAUGGAAAGAAGCAAAAGGAAACUAUACUCACUCAAAACUUUUUAGAAGAAUCAUGAAAUUGGUCCAUUCAAAGGACAGAGUUGAGUCCACUGUGCUAUUGUUGCAAGAGCUUGCGUAUUUGGUGAGUCAGUUAUAUAAAAUAAUAUUCUUGUUGUAAAUAUGAUACUUUUCAUAAUUAUUUUAUCAUGUAUAUAACAUUCAAACUGACAAAUAUUAUACUGAUUUAUUAAUAAAGAUAUAAAAACACUGGCA